GCAGUUCGCAGUCUGUGCGUCAUAUCCCUGCUCUCCAGCCAAUCGCACACGCUGCCGCCUCGUUCUGGUUGCCAGGGAGAUCUUGGCGUCCGCUUAGAGUGUCAGUUAGGGGCUGGUGACGUCACUGGUGCGCGCCGUGCUGCUGUGGCUGCUGGUCAGAGGCACGGUCAGUCUGUGGGUUCUCGGAAUACAUAUAAGGCUAAUUUCAGAAUGCCGUUUCCUCCAACUUCUGCAGAGAUUCCUUCAAAUGAGAAGCAAUUCUACAAUAAGGCCCUUCACGAUUUAUUGAGGAUGAUACAACAUAGCAGUUGCUCACACAGAAAUGACCUUUCUUAUGAUUCAAGCCAAUUUGAAAUAUCAGCUGAACAUAUUGAUGAACAAGCUGUAAACCCAGUCCAGGAUGUGAGCUCCCAUAUGUAUACAGAAACAGAUGUUACAUUGCCAUCUCAUUUAGUUGCAAACACUUGCACGGAGCCAUCUCUGGAAUCCAGUGCUGCCAUGAAGCAAAAUUCAAAGAAAACACGGAGCAAUGUGCUGAAAGGCCCAGCACUUCUGCCUUCUGAAAUUCAUGACAUUUAUGAUGAAUUAUUGGGAAUAUACCAAAAACUUCAGGAAGAAAGGGUGUCCCAGGAAGAAUAUUCACAGCAACUGAAAAAGCAAGAAAAGUGUUUGCGGGAAAAACAAGAAAUGCUUUUUAAACAUCAAGUUACUCUAAGCAAAAUUAAAGAUGUUGAAGAGAUUGUUCAUGCUAAGUUUCGAUUUAUGAAAGAGCAACAUGAUGCAGAAGUUAAACAGCUGUCAGAUGCCCUAAAAGAGAAGAUUAAGGAAAACAAAAGGCUGAAGUCUUCUUUUGACACUUUAAAAGAAAUGAACGACAACUUGAAAAAACAGCUAAAUGAAGUCAGUGAGCAGAAUAAGAAACUGGAAACUCAAGCUAAGAAAGUUCAGGCUCGUCUGGAAAAUCUACAAAAAAAGCAUGCGUAUCUUACUGUGCAGAAAUGCAAGCCUAUGGCACAUGUACCACUCGCUCAAAAACUUCCAAAGCUUGAGAAAACUUGUUCCAGUAAAUCGAAGGUUCCUAAUAAUGUUCAAGUGUAUGAGCUCUUAGCUGUUCUUAUGGACUGGAUCUCUGAAAUGCAGGUUAAGAAGUCAAAAUCAGAGGAACAUGGAAGCCAAGACAAGUCAUUGUGUUUAAGUAAAUUGCCUCCCAACUACGCUCAGGAAAAGUCUGUUAAGAUCCUACCUGUUGUUGUAGAGCAGUUUCAAUGGAUGCCUUUGGUCAGUCCUAAACUUCAUUUGCCUUUUAUGAAGUUUAUAUAUUGGACCUUAAUGCAAAUGGAAAAUAAAACACAGUCUACAAUGACUUCAACUUUGAGGAGACUGGGGGAGGAGACCUUUAAAGGAGUAACUUUUCAGCCCACUCAGAAUUCUUCUUUGGAGAACAUGAUAGAAAACAAACCGAAGUCUUUACCCUUCUUCAAAAGUAACAACUUACCAUUGAGAUUUGUGUCAACUUUGGUUAUAUUAAAAACCGUUACACAAGUGGAUUACCUUGCUCAAGCAUUGGAUUCACUUUGUAUGGAUUUGAAGAGUGAUGAGGGAAGAUCUCUUUUCCUGGAAUACCAAGCUGCAACAGUUGUCCUGAACCUUUUAAGUUUUUCAGGCAGAGGCCUGGCUUCAUAUGUCCUAGAUAUCUUACUUCAAUUGUCCAUGGAGACCAGAUUUGUGCGGCCCUUUUUGGAAUCUUGUAGCAGUGAGUCGUUUUUCAAGACCUCUGCUAUAUUGCUAAAAGACCCUAAAGUUGAUAUUCAGACAUUAGAAAAGCUCAGUAUUGUCCUCCAAAAGCUGUCCAAAGUCAGGAGCAAUAAGAAAUUCUUUGAGAUGUUUAAUAUUCCUCCAGUGAUUCAAGAAAUGCAAAGAUCCGCCAACCCAGACCGGGCCUUUCUUAUUAUUAAUUUGAAUUCUAUUCUAUUUCACUUGGGCUUCACCAAAGCCAACUCACCCAGUAGGAGCCCAAAUCAUUGAAAUAUGUUAUGAUGCUAUUGACUUUUUUCCAGCGUGGAAGGGAUGAUGAAAGAUUUUAAGUGCGGAAGUGACAAGCUAAGGGAUAAAAACAA